UCUCUCUAAGUGAACUCACAGCGACCAUAAAAAUAAGAGCGAGUAAAAACAGUAAACUUCCAAACCCAGGUUUUCUCUAUCGAAAAAGAAAAACCCCCGCUCCAUUCUCCCGCCAUCUCUCUCACUCUGGAACCCUCCAAAAUCAUCGACGAUGGUUACUUCGAGAGACGUUCAAGAAGUCGUCUCUAAGCUCUCCUCCGAUAAAGCCAAAGCUCGAGAAGAGGGAAUAAAGUUGUUGAAUACGUGGUUAGAGGGUGGUGAAAGAUCGAUAAGGUUUUGCAAGUACCUUGGACAGAAUACGGCAAAGCUUAAACCGAACGAAAUACCUCACUCGGAAACCUGGCCAUUUUUAGUCACAUUGCUUGUCCAAUGUGUGUCAUCUGAGAUAUCUUCCAGCAAACGGAGAUUGCCUAAGGCAAGUUUUGCAAAGACUAUGCGAAUUGUCAUUCAACGAGCAGAUGAUGCUAAGUUUUCAGGCAAGGCUUUGCCUUUGUUACCCAUGGUUAAAAUACUCUUUAAUCACGUAUCGGAUGUCCUGAGCAAUGUUCCAAGCUUUCAGAUGGAAUAUGGGAUUAUACUCCGGCAUCUAUUGGCAGUUGUAGAUUAUCGUUUUCACUUGAGGAACCGGAUUUAUUGCAGCCUGGUGCUUCUAUAUAUAGAGAAGGUGGUUACAAGCUUAGAUGGGAAUGAUAGCAGUCAAGGUAAUCUAAAAGAGGAGGUCUUUCGCUGCAUACUCACACUCCAUUCGCUUUUCGAAAAUCCUCCUGGAGAUUUCCCUGUUGAUGUUCGGGAGGACAUAGUUAAGGGGCUUGUUCAGAUUUUCUCCUUUGUAAGGGAGGAGGGAAAGAUUUCACGCAAGCUUAUUGAGUGUAUAAACACAUACUUGUUAAAGGAUGGUCCAAAUUUGGGCUCCCAGUCUUUGGAGAUUCAUAAUGCUGUGCAGCAAUUUGUAUUCCGUUGUUGGCUUACUACCCAUGACCGCAGCCUUAAGGAUGCUCUUAUAUUCUAUGCAAGGCUGCAGCUAAAUCUUUCAAGAGGUGCUACUGAUGGAAAUUCUCUGGUAGAACAACUUUUGGAUCUGGUAUGUAAGGAACUAGAUCAAAGCAGUUCAUCCUGUGGAAGUGCACCUAGGUCGGAUGCAACCAAGGAUUGCAAGUUUGGAGCUUUGAGUGGUUCACAACGUGGUUUGAUAGAACUUGCAGCCCUAGUAUUUUAUAAGGCAUGUGCUAGUACAGCUAAAGCACCAUCAACCGAAAAGCGGGUCAAGAGGGAGCCUGCAGCAGUCCUUUUAAAGGAGGCACUUAUGAAAGGAAAAUGGCUAUGGAAUGCUGCAUUUUGUUGUCUCAUUCGUAACUACUACAAUCGCAUGAGCAAGGAUCUUUUUGUUUACUGGUUUGAAGGCAUUUCCACAAGCUUUGAGAGAAUAUUGAGCGAUGCUAAUAUGGGGCUUGCUUAUGAUGGUUUGCUGUGGACUUUGCGGAGUUUGCAGGAACUCUCUAGUUUUAUGUUGCUUUCAGAUGCCCAAUCAGAGAUUUUAUCAAGGCCCUCUCUCCCCUCCAAAGAGUUGGACUGUGGCUGGGAAUUGAUAUGGAGUGGUCUCAUUCGUGGGUUGCUGACAUUCAGCAAUCUAAAUUCUGUUGCUGAUGCUGCUUUAUUGUUACUUGGAAGCAUCAUAUCAAGUGAUCUAAUGAGCACUUGUGCUGUGCCUCCAGAUGUAUGGGAUCUUAAGUUAUUUAAGCGGACGCCAUCAAUGUCUGUUUUGUACUUCAUUGUGUGCUAUUUUUCUCAUAAGGGUUCUCAAGGUGACCUUCGUGACUCUUUACAUCUCCGGAAGAAUCUGUUAAGAGCAAUUUUAGGCUAUUUUAAUUGGAAGGAGUCCUCCAUAUUGAAUGAGCAUGUUGUGCUGUUGUUACCAGCAGCUGUCUAUGCUCUUUGUGCUGGUUGUGCUCCUUUCACACAUUCUUACAGAGGGUUUUCCUCAUCAAACAUUCUUGUAGAUAGCUUUGAGGCUACAGAUGAUCGGGUUAAGACAGAUGAACAUGAACAGGAAAGGCUUUGUGAGCUUUUUGAAUGUUCUGUUGAAGUUCUUUCUAAAAUUCAUUUGGUUUCAAGAGUUGAGGCUUCUUCAUUCCAAGGCCAUCAAAGUGGCUGUCUUCCUCGACAAUUUAGAGAUCUGCUGUUGCAUGAGAUGGAGGGCUAUAUUCUUGGAGCUGUAGGAGAUAAGGAGAUGGAAAAGAGGCCUCUAUCAGAUGUCUUCUUUAUAUGCUCUUUAUUAUCAAAUUUUAUAUAUGGCUCAGUAUUAACAAGGAAAGGAGAAGAGGCUUCACCAUUUCUUUCAAAAAUGAGUCAAUACUUGUUGGAAUUGUUGGAUCAUGCUGUUAAUGCAAUUCAAGGAAACAGCAAUGACCUUCAAGCUCUUGGUUGCUCAGGCUCUAGCUCUGACUAUAAUUUAAAAACCACUCUUGUAGCUUCAUUUAGAAGCUUUGUAUUCUCUCCUAUCUUUGUCAAAAGUAGAGAUGAAACUGCUUUGGAUGUUGUUCUCUAUGAUGCAAUAACACAAUCCAUGGAGAGGCUUUUGAAGGAACUGGCUGAACUAUACAAUCAAUUUUCUGAAUGUGUAAGAAGCCCUCAUUCAGAUCCAUCGCUGCCUGAUUUACCUUCAACUGAUUCUAAGUUACAAAUACAUGGUCCAUCGGGUAGCAACACUAGGAUUAUGGACAUGGAGUUAGAUGUGACUGAGGAUACGCAAGAUGUGGAUAUUUUACCUGUUGGUGGGAUUAUUGGCACUGGUCUAUCCUUUUCUGCAGCGAAGUGGAAGUUGGGUAUGAUAUCACUUCUUUCAAGUUUUCAUCCAGUUUUAGAUUUUGUUACAUGGGAUGUCCUGUUUGAGCUCAUGGAAAAUGAAAGUGACAAUAAGGUGCGUGAGAAUAUUCUUUACCAUCUCUGUCAACAUUUUCACUGGUCCUCUUCUGCAAAAAUUACAGACUUGGUGAAAACAAUGAAUAGCAUGUUUGAGAUGCAAGCAAGUGUUAAGCUGGACUGUUCUGGUGUAGUAGUCGCUGCCUGUCAAUUGCUAGCUACCUUAUUAUCCUUAGAUGCUUCUGGAAAGGAAGCUGCUCUAAUUGCAUGGAAAAGAGAAUCUGAACUGAGUCUUGUACAUCUUGGAGAACUGGUUAACAAAAUAGCAGAAUUUGGGCUUCUUGACUGGUCAGGGCGUGUUAGGCUUAUUGAUUGCUUUUGUGAUUUUGUCUUACUCAGUCCUCAAAUUGGUCAGACAAUGAUAGAGAGGCUGUUCUUAAUGCUUCAAGAUCCUGACUAUCGAGUUAGGUUUUCACUGGCUCGGCGGAUUGGUGUUUUAUUCCAAACUUGGGAUGGUCACGAUGAGCUCUCCCAGGAUAUUUGUUCAAACUUUGGUGUUGCAAUGGUUAUUCCCUUGAAAGGAAAAGUUGUUACUGCAAAGGAGGUCCUAGCUUGUGGUCCUCAGCCCACACCAAAAAUGGAAACUGUUAUUGUUACACUUAUGCAUCUUGCUUUGCAUAGUGAGAAAAUAGAGUUGGAGGCUGUUUUCAUGAUGUGCGUGAUUUCUGCCAUUGACCCUGGUCAUAGGGAAUUGGUGCAUGCGGCACUCGACAAUCUGUCAAGGCAGCUCAACUACGCAACCAGGUUCAAGUACUUGGAGCAGCUACUGGGAUCAAUACUCUUCUACUGGGUCACUUGCGAUGUUAGUUUAGUGGCACUUGUUGAGAUUCGACAGCUUUUUGUAUCAGAUGCUGAACCUAGUUAUUUCAUGCAAUACUGUUGCCACUGGCUUCUUCCAGCAUUGGUUCUGAAUGAAGAUAGUUCCAACCUGAAUUGGGUGGCUAGGGUUGCUUGUCAGCCUUUGGCAGUUCUAGUUAAAAUUCACUUUGUGCCAAUAUUUUCAGUUUGUAUUGUGUUGCAUUGUAGUAAGAGAUCUGGUUGGGAAAGAGGAGCAAAGGUGCUUCAGAGUUCAAUUCUGUGUUUGACAGAGCUAUCUGAGAGUGAAAGAGACAAGCUCAUAAAGAAACACAUGGUAUCUAUUUUGAGCCAUGUUCUGGCCCUUGCCUCUUGCGCACUGGAUCCUGCAAUCCCUUUCUUUUCCAGAGAAACAGUGGCACGUGCAAUUCAAACAGUUGUGGAUGGGUUUCUGGAAAUGGAGGAUUAUCCUACAAGUGUUUCUGUGCUUGAUAAGAUUAACAUUUUUCGCCCGGAUAGAGUUUUCAUGUUUCUAGUGGAAAUGCAUUACAAAAUAGAAGCAGCAGUUCAUCAUAGGCACAGAUGCCAUAGGUUGGCUGGAAUUGAGGUGCUUGUAGAUAUCAUUGGGCAUAGAGCUUCUGUUUCAAGCACUUUCAAGUAUCUUAUCAAUUUGAUUGGACAAUUCAUUGGUUGUGAUGCUUUACAAGAUCAAUGCUGCCGUGUUAUUUCUGCUUUGCUCAACACAUUAAAAGGCAACCCAUCCAAAGACAUUGCCAAUGUGCUUGGUGAGCAGCUUCAGUUUUUAGUCUCGAAGUUGGUAGCAUGUUGCAUUCCCUCUGAAACUUCUGGGGAAAUUGGCACUAGAGCAUAUGAAAUCUUAUCUUUGCUCCGCCAGCUAACUGUGGGCUCUGAUCCAUCUCUUCAUGAUUAUGUUAGAGAGCUGGAGCCCUUCCCUGAAAUAGAUAUCUUUGAUGAGAUACGCGAGUUUCAUCACCAAUUAUGCGAAGCUUACUCUCUGAGGGCCCACCUAUUGGAGUUCGUCAAGAGAUCUUUCUACCUUCCGCCAAGAUUACUUUUAUGCAGUGUUCAAGCACUGCACAAGAAAUUACUCAUGGGGGAAAGUUUUCAGAGGGGAAGGAAUGCGAAAGAUGUUAUGGAGGAUGUGUAUUGGCACCGUGACCCUGAAAUUGUCCAAUCAAUCUGGACACUUGUUCGCAUGAGUGGUUCCGAUGAUGCAAGUAGUAUCAGACCAUUGGUGUCUGAUUUUGUGUCCAAGGUUGGCAUUGGGGACCCACAUUCCGUUGUUUUCCAUCUACCUGUAGACUAUGGUCAAAUGAAAGUUUGUCAACAAUUGAAGAUCACCAACCCUUUUGAAGUGAAUUUUAACAUGGAUACUGGUGUAUCUGAAGAACUACUGAUUGCGCUCUUGAAACUUCUGAUGAAGUAUCUGAUGGAUGAUUCUGUUAGAAUUGUUGAUUUGACCUCACAAUCUCUUCGGGGAAUACUCUCAACUGAAAGAGGUCAAAGAGCUCUGUUGUCAUUUGGUUCUUAUGAAAGGUCUCUUAUUGAGAUUCACUCAAAGGGUGUAAAUAUUGAGCUGGUGGAGAAGUUAGUGCUGGAUAUUGGAAAGAGGUAUAGAGCUGAAGCAAUUUCACUUGAGGAGUCUAUAAUAUGGGAGACAUGUAAUAAGACCUUCCAAAUGUGGAUUUGUCCACUUGUGUAUUCAUUGAUUAGCUACUGCAAUGAUGUUAUUCUAAGAUUAUGCCAAGAUAUCGUGUUAUUGAAAGCUGAAGUUGCUGAGCUUUUGUUUCCAAGUGUUAUCAAAGAUCUAGCUUUUCAGAAGGAUAUUGAUGUUGAUCUUCAUAAAUUAAUCUCUUUGCAGGCGCAGGAACAUAUACUAACAGAGUGUAAUGAGUUGAUUAAAUCAGUUCAAGUCUUCUUGAAUGCCCUAAAUGAACUUCGGUUAUGUCAUGUCAUGGAAAAAUCUUCUUUACGACAAUCAAAGCGAGAAAGUACUAAGAAUGCUAAGCCUUCUAGCUAUGACUCAAUAUCCCGUUCCACUGCUGUAAAGGCUAGAGAUUCAGUAGCUGCAUCAAGUUCAAUGGUAAUGACAACAUCUUCCUGGGACAAGGUUUAUUGGCUGACAAUUGAUUAUCUUGCUGUUGCCAAAUCAGCAGUUAUUUGUGGCUCAUACUUCACCGCUAUGAUGUAUGUGGAGCAUUGGUGUGAAGAGCAUUUCAAUGGCCUUAUGCUAGGGAGCCCAGAUUUCUCCCAUCUUGAGGUGUUGCCGCAUCACAUUGAAAUACUUAUGUCAGCAGUCACUCAUAUUAAUGAACCUGACAGCUUAUAUGGGAUCAUCCAAUCACACAAGUUAACCUCUCAAGCUGUUAUCUUUGAGCAUGAGGGGAACUGGAGUAAGGCGCUUGAAUAUUAUGACUUGCAAAUACGUUCAAACCCCCUGCUACAAAUGGAUGGUGGAUCGAGUACAUUGUCAGCAGGGCAUACUCAACUAGGAACUCAUCUAUCACUUUCUGCAUCUGAAGAAGAGAUGAGGCAGAGAAAACCUUACAAAGGUCUGAUUAGAUCUCUGCAGCAGAUUGGUUGCACACAUGUGCUGGAUUUAUAUUGCCAGGGAUUGACAUAUAGAAAGGACCAGUUUCAUUAUGAUUUGGAGUUCAAUGAAUUGCAGUAUGAGGCUGCUUGGCGCGCCGGAAACUGGGAUUUAUCCUUACAUUUUGUGGGAGCUAAUUCUCCUUCACGCCCAGAUGUUAAAUCUGAUCAUUUCAAUGAAAAAUUGCAUGGUUGUUUGAGGGCAUUUCAAGAGGGAGAUUUUGAUGAAUUUCACAGAAAACUAAGAGGCUCAAAGCAGGAGCUUGUGCGCUCUGUCUCUUGUGCAAGUGAGGAGAGCACUGAAUACAUAUACUCAACAGUAAUUAAACUUCAGAUUCUUUAUCAUCUUGGCAUGGCAUGGCACAUCCGUUGGGAAACAUCUCUAUGUGAAAGGGCAGAAUUCUAUCCAGGGAAAAGACAAAGGUUUUCAGAACCUGUAAUCCCUACCAUGGAGCAGUUGUCAUGGUUGAAUGUGGAUUGGAACUCUAUUUUGGAACGAUCACAGCUGCAUAUGAAUUUGUUGGAACCAUUCAUAGCAUUCAGGCGAGUUCUGCUUCAAAUCUUGAGAUGUAACGAGUGUAUAACGGAACAUCUUUUGCAAUCUGCAUCCACUCUUCGUAAGGGCUCUAGGUUUUCUCAAUCCACUGCAUUUCUGCAUGAGUUUAAGCUCGCUAGUGCUGGAACUGGAGAGCAGUACUCAACUUUGUAUUGGCUUGGCAGGCUUGAAGAAGCAAAGCUAUUGCGUGCCCAAGGUCAGCAUGAGAUGGCUAUCAGCCUUGCAAAAUACAUAUCCCAAAAUUGUCACUCAAAUCAAGAAGGUUCGGAUGUAUAUCGCUUGGUUGGAAAGUGGCUGGCAGAAACUAGAUCUAGCAACUCAAGAACUAUUUUAGAGAAGUAUCUAAAACCUGCAGUUUCAGUUGCUGAAGCUCACAAGACUACUAACAAGAAGUCCAUAGAAAGACAAAGCCAAGCUCAUUUUCAUCUUGCACACUAUGCAGAUGCUCUGUUUAAGUCAUGCGAGGAAAGACUAACCUCUAGUGAAUGGCAAGCAGCAAUGCGUUUAAGGAAACACAAGGCAGCUGAGUUGGAAGCACUCGUUAAGCGGCUAAGAAGUUCAACAAAGGGGGAGAAGAAUGACUAUUCUGUAAAAAUACUUGAGUUGCAAAGGCAACUUGCAAUGGACAAGGAAGAGGCUGAAAAAUUGAAGGAUGACAGGGACAAUUUUCUCAGCCUAGCUCUGGAAGGAUACAAGCGUUGCUUGGUGAUAGGUGACAAAUAUGAUGUGAGAGUGGUGUUUCGACUUGUUUCCCUGUGGUUCAGUCUUUCUUUGAGACAAAAUGUUAUAAAUAACAUGCUUGACACAAUUGAUGAGGCUCAAUCCUAUAAAUUUGUACCAUUAGUUUAUCAAAUUGCUUCAAGAAUGGGAAGCUCGAAGGACAGUUUGGGACCUCAUAAUUUUCAGUUUGCUUUGGCUUCUCUUGUGAAGAAAAUGGCUAUAGACCAUCCAUACCAUACCAUUUUUCAGCUUCUAGCUUUGGCAAAUGGUGACCGUAUCAAGGACAAACAGCGUAGUAGAAACUCAUUUGUGGUGGAUGUGGAUAAAAUAACUGCAGCAAAAAGGCUUCUAGAAGAAUUGGCCUCAUAUCAUGGGCCCAUUAUUAGACAAAUGAAACAAAUGGUUGAGAUCUAUAUCAAAUUAGCCGAGCUGGAAACAAAGAAAGAGGAUACCAACAAAAGGGUUUCACUUCCAAGGGAAAUCCGCAGUGUUCGUCAGCUGGAACUUGUACCUGUUGUGACUGCUACCUUCCCAGUUGACCGUGAUUGUCAUUAUCAUGAAGGUUCCUUCCCACACUUCAAGGGAUUAGCUGAUUCGGUUAGGAUAAUGAAUGGUAUAAAUGCCCCAAAAGUGGUUGAAUGCCUUGGUUCUGAUGGUCAAAAGUACCGGCAGCUGGCUAAAUCUGGAAAUGAUGACCUAAGACAAGAUGCUGUUAUGGAACAAUUUUUUGGUCUGGUUAACACUUUUCUACAAAAUAACAGGGAUACAUGGAAAAGACGAUUAGGUGUGCGUACAUACAAGGUUGUUCCUUUCACACCAAGUGCUGGUGUUCUUGAAUGGGUUAAUGGCACUUUUCCCCUUGGAGAAUAUCUCAUAGGAAGCACGAGAAAUGGUGGUGCCCAUGGUCGCUAUGGAGUGGGAGACUGGUCAUUUCUCAAAUGCCGAGAGCACAUGUCAAAUGAAAAGGACAAGUGCAAAGCAUUCCGUGAAGUUUGUCAGAACUUCAGGCCUGUCAUGCAUCACUUUUUCUUGGAGAGGUUUUUGCAACCAGCUGACUGGUUUGAGAAGAGACUUGCAUACACACGUAGUGUGGCUGCCAGUUCAAUGGUGGGUUACAUUGUUGGCCUAGGAGACAGACAUUCCAUGAAUAUCCUAAUUGAUCAAGCUACUGCAGAAGUUGUUCAUAUAGAUCUUGGUGUUGCUUUUGAACAAGGCUUGAUGCUGAAGACACCAGAGAGGGUUCCAUUCAGACUGACAAGAGACAUUGUUGAUGGUAUGGGUGUUACUGGAGUGGAAGGGGUUUUUAGAAGAUGUUGCGAGGAGACUCUCUCUGUUAUGCGAACAAAUAAAGAAGCAUUGCUGACCAUUAUUGAAGUUUUUAUCCAUGACCCACUGUAUAAAUGGGCUUUAUCCCCUCUCAAGGCUUUGCAGCGUCAAAAGGAAACAGAUGACGAUUUGGAGACUAGCCUGGAAGACUCACAAGAUCAACAUGAAGGUAACAAGGAUGCUGCUCGUGCACUGAUGCGUGUAAGGCAAAAACUUGAUGGAUAUGAAGAAGGUGAAUUAAGAAGUGUACAUGGACAGGUUCAACAACUUAUACAAGAUGCUAUUGAUCCUGAGCGUUUAUGUCAAAUGUUUGCUGGAUGGGGAGCUUGGAUGUAAAUAUAAAAUUAAUCUCUGCAGCUGCUACAAGUGAAUACAUUAGACCCCCACCUCGAAAGACCCUUCAUUUUCCAUGGAAAUCAAAGUCGUCUUCUCAUCCCCAACAGUUACCCAUCUCUUUGGUUUUGAAGUGCUUUGGCUCAAUGAAUGCCCAUUGUAGAUGCACAUCUGGCUGGAGACAAGCACCAAGCGAAGUAAAGAGAUAAUUUGAAUAACAAAAGAUGGUAAAAUAAUAUUCAUGACUAUAUUUUAGAGAGAAUGAAUGUAACAAUAUUUCUUAGUUAGCUAGUAAAAAUAGCUUUUUAGUUAUUUUAGCAAAAAAUUAGCUAAAAUGAAAAGAUCAUGGAUAUGGAUAUUUUUACCCUGUAAUUAAUCAUAGCUUUUGGAGUGCUCAUCUCAAAGAUGUAGUUGUAGAACAAUGGAGAUGAAGAUGGAAGAUCUCUUUUGAUGGAAAAUCUUACCCUCGCCCCAAACUAAGGUGCAAGGGAGGCGUGCAAUGCCAACUAAUAUUAUACUAUUACACACCUAGAUGUAGAUCUAGAUGUAGAUAUGGAAAUCAUGGGUACCAAUAUAUCAAGUCAUUUCAUUUGUCUUUAA